AUGUUAUUCGAGGCGGGUAACAGCUUCUUGGACCAUUUUCUGCCGGCAGAAACUCUCAUCGCUCGUGACAGAUCGAGCAUCGACACUCGUACACCUUAUUUCUACCCUCCAAUACAUACCAGUAUGAUUGUGCUUUCUUUGAUCCGACCCUCGCGGGGGAUCUGCAGCUUUGGAGUGCUUGGUCAAAUCCGGCUAUCAUCGUCGAAGCGCUGGCAAGCUCGGCAGCACAAGGAUCAAUUCACUCGAGAGGCAGCUGUACAAGGCUUGAAAAGCCGAGCUGCCUUUAAGCUCUUACAGAUUGAUGAGAAAUAUCACAUCUUUAAACGCGGUCAAACGGUCGUGGACUUGGGCUAUGCACCCGGGUCCUGGUCACAGGUGGCUGUCAGCAAGAUUCAGCCGAACGGACGAGUUCUGGGGGUCGAUAUUAUCCCGGCACAGCCCCCUAAAGGGGUUUCCACUAUCCAAGGCAAUUUUCUUGCUCCCGAGAUUCAAGCGUAUAUACAGGACUUUCUACGCAGUCCUGAUAGAGGCAGGCCGCGUCAACCAGGUGAUGCAGGUUUGAGCUUGUUAGAGCCUGGGGCGCCCAUGCGAUCCAGCGAUCCAGAUAUCUCUGCAGUUGAAAAUGAUAAGAUCCUUCAAAGAACGGUGGAUGUGGUUCUCAGCGAUAUGUGCGAACCCUGGCUCCAGACAUCCGGUUUCUGGAAACGAAGUCUAAGUAAUCCUUAUAACAGGAUGAUGAACACCAGCGGAAAUAACUUUAGAGACCAUGCUGGCAGUAUGGACCUAUGUCAUGCUGCCUUGAAAUUCAGCUCAGAUGUCCUCAAGACGGGAGGACAUUUCGUUUGCAAAUUCUACCCAGGCGCAGAGGAUAAAGAGCUGGAGCAAAAGCUUAAAGACUUAUUCCAGAAGGUCCACCGGCUGAAGCCUGAAUCAUCUCGCAGUGUAGGAAUCCAAAGAAACAUUCUUCGUUGGCCUGGAUCGUAG